AUGCUGGGAGAUCGGAAUCGGAAUCGGUCGCGGUCGAGAUCGCCGGAGCGGAGACGCGGGGAUGUCAGACGGCGGUCGCCGGUCGACGAGGAGCAUCGGGCGAAGAGGCCGAGGAGGUCCGACGAAGAGGAGAGGGAUGAGGGGCGACGGCACCACCACCAUCGGCACAGGAGCCACCGGCAUCACCACCGGGACAGCCCGCGGGAGAGCAGCGCGCGCAGCAGCAAAGACGUUUCUGCGGCGGCGGCGCUGCCGUACGACGCGCGCGCGCUUUCGAAGAACGAUCUGGACGUCUUCAGGCCGCUGCUGGCGUACUACCUGGACCUGCAGAAGCAGAAGGACAUGCGCGACAUGGACGAGCGGGAGGUCCGGGGUCGGUGGAAGAGUUUCAUGGGGAAGUGGAACCGCGGGGAGUUGAGCUCCGGGUGGUAUGAUCCGGAGAUGUUCAUGGCUGCCAAGGAGAGGGCUCCGGAGGAUGCGCCGCUGGGGAGGACUGAGGAAGAUGUGGACAGGGAUGGAGAGGAGGAGGAGGAGCGCGAUGACGUUGAUGAUGAUGAUGACGACGACGACCUGGGGCCGAUGUUGCCGCCUACCGCUCGCGAGGGCGGACAGCGCUCCGGGCCGGGGAUUCCGAGUCUCGCGGACCUGUCGCUGCGCCGGGAGAACCUCGCCGAGGACGCGCAGCGCGAGCGGGAGGCGCAAGUGGAGGAUCUGCGGGCGCAGAGGAAGGACGAUCGCAAGCAGCAGCGGGAGCGGCUGGACGAGCUGGUGCCGCGCGCAGACGCGGGGACGAGGGAGCGGAAGCUGGAGAAGCGGGCGCUGGUGAACGACAAGAUGAAGGGGUUCGCGGACAAGGGCGGGGACGGGCAGGUUGAGGUCGGGGAGCAGGAGCUCAUGGGGGGCGGGGACUCGGUGGCGGAGUACCGGGCGAUGAAGGCGCGGGAGGAGCGGAAGAAGACGGAGAGGGAGAUCCGGCGGGAGGAGGUCGCGAGGGCGAGGGCGGCGGAGAGGGAGGAGAGAGUGAGGGAGUAUCGGGAGAGGGAGGAGGGGGUUAUGAAGGGGUUGAAGGAGCUGGCGAAGCAGAGAUUUGGUUGA